AUGUCAACCGGUACACAUCAAGACAAAAGAAACGCUUUAAUGGUGAUGAGUGGUGUGGCACUCUUGAUUGCAAGCCUAGCAAAACAGAAAAAAACGUCAAUGUUGCGGCCAAUACCAAAAAAUUUUUGUGGGCUGUCUUCUUCAGACUUUGAAAAUCUGCUGCAGAAAAUUGGACCAAUAAUUUCAAAACAGGAUACUUAUUUUCACUCAUCGAUUUCUGCUCAAGACAGGUUGGCAGUGACACUUCGAUUCCUUGCCACAGGAGAUUCAUAUACUAGCCUCCAAUACACAUUCUGGAUUUCUAAGCAAUCUAUUGGAUAUAUAGUACCAGAAGUCUGCACAGCACUCAUCAAUGAAUUAAGAGGAUACAUUAAGCUGCCUAAAACACCUGAAGCAUGGAAAGAAGUAAGCAAGGUAUUCAAAACAAAAUGGAACCUGCCACACUGUAUCGGGGCACUUGAUGGCAAACAUAUUAUAUUGCAAGCUCCCAUUAACUCUGGCACAGAAUAUUCCAAUUACAAAUCUAACUUCAGUAUUGUUCUUUUUGCAUUGGUAGAUGCAAAUGCGAAUUUCAUAUUUGCUGACGUCGGUUGCCAAGGGCGAAUUUCUGAUGGCGGUGUAUUCCGUGGGAGUACUUUGCAUAGAAUGAUCGAGAAAAACCGAUUGGGGCUUCCAAUGGAUGAAAAACUGCCUGGAAGGUCUAUGUCAGAACCGGUACCAUACUUCUUUGCGGGAGAUAGUGCAUUCACUCUAAGUGAUAAUCUAAUGAAGCCCUAUCAUGGAGACUAUCCUAAGGGGACUCCCCAAAGAAUAUUCAACUACAGAUUGAGUAGGGCACGCCAAGUAGUCAAAGAUGCGUUCGGAAUAUUAAGUGCUGAGUUUCGAGUUUUAAGGAAGCCAAUGAUACUGGCUCCUGAAAAAUAAUGUUCUAUGUUAACUGCUAUACGUUGAUUUGUUGAAUCCAUAUUCCUUUGUAAGAGGUCUUUCUUCAACAAUUCAGGUUUGAUGACGUUUGAAGGGAGUAAUUUCUGUUGACACCUCUCUUUAAUUGAUGUGAUGAAAUUUCGAUGAGUAGAGGUGGAAAGUGUAGCUGAUUAUUAGAUUGUAGAGUGAUUAAUCUGCUUCUAAUUUGCAAAGUAUAUAUAUUACUGUAUAUUUUAUGAAAUAAUUUUAAACCAUACCUUGAUGAUUAUUGUCUUUGUCACAGUUCCUAAAGGGAACCAACCUCAAAGAGUUUGAUAAUUAUUUUUUAAAGUAAAAACAUUUUGUAGCAAGCCCAUUGAGUCAAGAAUGGACAGCCAGGGUCGGCUGUCACAGUGAAGGAGGGGGAGAUGUCAUGAACCAGAAGGUUUGACAAACCCCCAAACACCAGUUUCUUCCUUAAGAAGAGAAAUAAUUUUUUUCAACUUUAAGCUGAUCAGACAGUUUUGGCUGACAGAGUAAAAACGCUGAGGAGAGGUAGAAGUGAGGCUAGCAUUCUAGUCUCCCCUCC